GUCGUUAUCCCGCGCACGCGCUUCCUUACUGCCAGCUUCUCGGGCCAGUCGGCGCCGGCGUACGGAACAUCCUGCCCUCGACGGAGAGGGGGAGGAGAGAAUCUCUGUAGGGGGAGAGCGAGCGGAGAGCUGAGAGCUGAGAUCUGGCGUGUCUCGGUAGUAAAUCUAUCAGGUUUAGGGGCACAGAAAGUCGACUCUGAAGAGGGGAGGCCGCGUGGAAUCUCCCGACAGUUCCCACACUAUUCAAUAGACGCUGGAGUCGCGAGCAGCAGCGUGUCCGUGUGGCUUUGAGUGAAGAAGAAGAAGAAGAAGAAGGGAUUAAAACACGCUAGACGGAUGGUAGCGCGGACGGUGGGUGCGCUCUGAAGUUGGGAGACUAGCGAACACAGCGAGAAGACGCGCUUUUGUUUCCCCGCGAAGGCAGCAGCGGCACGAGAGGCUGCGCUCGCGCCCCGAGCAUGAAGCUGCCUUGUCUACUGGCGCUCGCGGCGCUGGUUGUUCACGCCGCCACGGGGCAGUCUCCCUCUAUAGACGACGAAGGCUCCGCCAGGGACGAGUUCUACGAUGACGAAGACCUCUUCUCAGGCUCCGGCUCGGGUUUUCCGGACAUCAGCGUGACGCCGACCUCGGUAGGCGUGGUCUUCACCACCGAGGAGCCCCUCCCCCUCUCCACCACCCAGGCCACCGGCCCCGCCCCCUCGGCCCCGCCCGCGGCCGAGCCCAGCCCCAGCGCCGCCCCCGUCGGCACCCCGCUGCCCACCGAGGGCGACGGGGAGAGCGGCCUGGGCUGGGAGAGAGAGAGGGAGGGGGAGAGGGAGAGAGAGAGGGAGCUGGAGAGGGAGAGGGAGCUGGAGCUGGACCGGGAGCAGGAGAGGCAGCGGGAGCUGGAGAAGGAGAAGGAGAGGGAGAAAGAGCUGGAGAGGGAGCGGGAGAGGGAGCGGGAGAGGGAGACGGAGAGGGAGCGGGAGAGGGAGAGGGUCCGCGAGCUGGAGAGGGAGAAAGAGCGGGAGAGGGACAGAGAGAGGGAACGCGAGAGGGAGCGGGAGAGGCAGAGGGAGCUCGAGCGAAUCAGGGCCGCCGCCGCCGCAGCGGCCGCCGCCACUGCCGCCCAGAGCACCACCGCAGCCCCGAGGUCCCCCGCUGGCGUCCCCGUAGCAACGGACAGCUCGGGCACCGCGGCGGCCACGGUCAGCGCCGCGCCCUCUAGUGGCGUGGAGGACACGGGCGCCACGACGGCAGAGGAAGAGAGAGAGGACGAAGACGUCUACCUGUCCCCAGAGACCACACCGUACUACCCCGACAGCGUCCGAACCACCAUGACCACCGAAGAAGAGGAAGACAGCGAGGACGACGUGUCUGAGGCGUCAGAGACAACCGCGGCGCCCGGUACAGAAGCACCAACCGCCACCACCGGCGGCAAGGUCAGGAUCCCCUUCAGGCCCAGGGUUCCCAUGACGACCGCCACUCAGCCGGCGCCCACAGAGAGGAGCGAUCCCACCACCAGCACACAGACGGAGGGUACCAACGAGGUGGCCGGCAGCGGGCCCAGCGGAGACUUUGAGAUCCGCGAGGAGGAACGGCGCAACGACCUGGGCCGGGGGCGUGGCGUGGACGUGGGGGCGGAGCCAGACCUCAUCGGCAACACGGUGGACACCGGGAGCUCGGCCGCCCAGCUGCCCCAGAAGAACAUCCUGGAGAGGAAGGAAGUCCUAAUAGCUCUUCUGAUUGGAGGGCUUCUGGCGCUGGUUUUCGCUGAUUUCCUGGUCGUUGCUGUAAUAGUUGGCGGCGUGGUGGGGGCGCUGUUCGCCGCCUUCCUGGUGAUGCUGCUGGUGUACCGCAUGAGGAAGAAGGACGAGGGGAGCUACACCCUGGAGGAGCCCAAGCAGGCCACCGUCACCUACCAGAAGCCCGACAAGCAGGAGGAGUUCUACGCAUAACCACCGCCAACACACACAAGAGGGCCAGAGAGAGAGAGAGAGGGAGAGAGAGAGAGAGAGAGAGAGAGAGAGAGAGAGAGAGAGAGAGAGAGAGAGAGAGAGAGAGAGAGAGUGAGAA